AUGGACUCCAGGCGCGGCAAGCUGCCCAGAGCGGUACGACUGCGAGCGCUCAGAAAGAGAUGGAAGAACUGGUGGGUCCGAGGCAUCCUCACGCUAGCCAUGAUCUCCUUCUUCUUCCUCAUCAUCUACCUAGGCCCCAUAGUGCUUAUGAUGAUUAUAAAGUGCUUCCAGGAAAUCAUCACCAUUGGCUACAGUGUGUACCACUCCUACCACCUGCCCUGGUUCAGGACGUUGAGCUGGUACUUCCUGCUGUGUGUCAACUACUUCUUCUAUGGUGAAACCGUGACGGACUGCUUCUUCACUCUGGUGCAAAGAGAGGAGCCGCUUCGCAUCCUCAGCAAAUACCAUCGAUUUAUCUCCUUUGCCCUCUACCUCACAGGUUUCUGCAUGUUUGUGCUGAGCUUGGUGAAGAAGCACUACCGCCUGCAGUUCUACAUGUUUGGUUGGACUCAUGUGACUCUGCUGAUCGUGGUGACUCAGUCUCACUUCAUCAUUCACAACCUGUUUGAGGGGAUGAUCUGGUUCAUUGUGCCAAUUUCCUGUGUGAUCUGUAACGACAUUAUGGCCUACAUGUUUGGUUUCUUCUUCGGGCGCACCCCUCUCAUCAAGCUUUCCCCUAAGAAGACAUGGGAGGGAUUCAUCGGUGGAUUGUUCUCCACCAUAGUGUUCGGCAUCAUGCUCUCCUACGUGAUGUCCGGCUGGCGUUACUUUGUCUGCCCGGUGGAGUUCAACAACGACUCCAACCGGUUCCAGGUGGACUGCGAGCCCUCGGAGCUUUUCCAGCUGCAGGACUACACCCUGCCCUCCCCGGCGCCCCCUGCUGUGGACUCUGGACUCUCAGACGGCAGCAAACACCCAGAUCAGUCAGGUGGGACCGCUCGCAGGCAGACGGUGACGGUGCAGAGACCGGCGGAGCAGGGCUUCACGCAGCAGUCCAUCCGCCCUCAGCAGCUGCUGGAGGGGAAGGAUGCAGAGGCCAUCUAUCAGUGGCUGCGUGACUUCCAGCUGGAGCAGUACAUCGGGAACUUCAUAAAUAACGGUUAUGAUGUUCCCACCAUCAGCAGGAUGACUCCGGAGGAUCUGACCGCCAUCGGAGUGACCAAACCCGGACACCGCAAGAAAAUCUCCAUCGAGAUCAACAACCUGAACAUCCCAGAGUGGCUGCCGGAGUACAUCCCAUCGGACCUGGGUGAGUGGCUCAGUGCCAUCGGCCUCCCCCAGUACCAAAGGAAGCUCUCUGAAAACGGCUACGACUCCAUCAGCAUCGUCAAAGACCUCACAUGGGAGGAUCUGCAGGAGAUCGGCAUCACCAAACUGGGCCACCAAAAGAAACUGAUGCUGGCGGUGAAGAAGCUGUGUGACAUCCACCGAGCAAUCCUCCAGGCGGAAUCAGGCCAAGGCACGCUGCGUCGUAAAGGCCCCGGGGCCCUCCAACUGGUGGCCAUCGAGCCGCCCGACUCUGCGGCGGAGUCUCCUCGCACCCCCAAGAUGCUUACCUUCCAGGACAGCGAGCUGAGCGCCGAGCUGCAGAGCGCCAUGUCCAGCCACUACGGAGGCUGCGAGGAAGGUCUGGCCUUCAAGAAUGCAGUGGGGAUGUCCCAGAGCCAGGAGAGCAUGGACGCCCGGUCCAGAGGCUCCGGGCGCUCCCAGGAGCCCCCCACCGCCUCCAUCAACCCCCACAGCUGGUCGCAGGAGAGCCUGGAGGGCAGCCUGGCGAGGGAGAGGAACCUCCCCGAGGGCUGGGACCAGCGGCCCCUGCAGCAGCAGACGCUGCCCAAGCAGGUUCCUCUGGGCACGGCCACCGUGUUCAAGUACCCGGCAAUUCCAGCCAAGCCUAAACUGCCUGGGUCCCCUCGGGGCCCCUCCCCUCACGGCUCCCCAGCACUGAAGGGUUUCAGCUACUUGCAUUCUCACUGUGGCUCCACAGACUUGAGCUCGAGGCCGGAGAACUACAGCAUGACAUUGACACCCCCUAAAAAACGCGCCCAAACACGCUACGCUCUGUCUGAUGGGGAGCCAGACGAGGACGAGUACGAGCCGUCGAGUCGCUGUAGAAACCUGUCAUCCUACGCCACCUUGACCCGCAAACCGGGUCGCAGCCAUCUGGCUCGAUUGCAGUCGAGUCCAGAGAAGAACGGCAACGUGGGACGCAGCCAGUCCUUUGCGGUGCGCGCCCGUAAAAAAGGUCCCCCUCCUCCGCCUCCGAAGAGACUGAGCUCAGUGAGCAGCACCAACAGCGACGAGCUCAGCGACAGCAGCACCACGUCCUCUGUUGGCGGGGGGGCAACGGACAGCCCAGUGAGCGUGAGGAGCAUCGCAGCCUCUUUGGAGGGCAGGACGGAGGGGAAAACCCCCAGCUCAGAGGAGGCUUCCCCUGCACACAGCGCUGCAGGGCAGGAGGCUGCGGGGGUGAGGAGGAGGGUGCAGAGCGAGUGUAUUCCAUCCCAGACCCGCAGCGUCCCGGUGCCGGAUCGGGGGGUGAAGUCUGACACGGAGGAGGAAGACUCAAAAAGUUGCAGGCUGGAGGGCUCCUCCUCCCCUCAGAACAGCUCCAGUGAGUGCAUCCCCUUCGCAGAGGAGGGUAACUUGACUAUCAAACAGAGGCCUAAAGCCCCCGCUCCCCCCCGAGCUGAGGCGGUGCUGGAGCCCCCAGAGGCACAAGCAGCCAAGGACUCAGAGCUGCCAGAGUUUAAUCUGAAGGAGUCGGACACGGUGAAACGCCGGCACAAGCCAAAAGACAAGGAGCAGGGAGAAGGCUCCCCCAGCAGAGAGAGGCUGGAUUCAGAGUCCCGCAGCAGCAGGCCCCCCUCCCAGUGCCAGGACCAGGACCAGCUCAGCCUGAGGAUCAGUGAGGCCCGGCUGGAGAGGCCUGCCAGCCCGGCAACAGGAUCCUCCAUCAGACCUCCCCUCUCUCCCAGACCUGCCGUCGCCCCGAAGCCGGUCCGCCACAGUCUGCUGGCCGCACAGGCAGCGGGACUCUCCUCUCAAUCUGUGACCGUCAGUGUGGUUCAGAGUGUGGCCUUCACCUCUCCGUGCUCUCCCUCUCACGGGUCCCUGGCUCCGCCCCCCCCCUCUCACGGGUCCCUGGCUCCAUGCUCCCCGGCCCGCCCGGCCCCUCAGAGCCCCUCUCUGGCAGCAGUGAGACCUCAGGUGUGUGCGGUGGUUCCGGGUCCGGCCCCCGACUCGUCCUCUGGGACUGAGGUGGUUCAGCAGAGACUGGAUCAGACCAGCACUUCGCUGGCAGCCGCUCUGAAGGCCGUGGAGAGAAAACUGAACCUGGAAGAAAACUCCGAAGGGGGAUCCAACCAGGUGAAGUCCGCAGGGACGAUCCUGGAUGACAUCGGCAACAUGUUCGACGACCUGGCCGACCAGCUGGACGCCAUGUUGGACUGAAGACUUUCAUCAAAGCCUCAACCUCAGGAAGUGAAGGAGUGUGGGUAAAAAGAACGUUUGACUCUGAACUACAUGCUGAACGCAGUCCGAGGAGAACACCAGCACUCGAUCUCUGCUGUGCGUCUUUUGACUACGUCCUCCGCUGUGUCUCACACAAUCUGGACUCAAGACUUUUGUUAUCUCUCGUGUCGUCGUGUUUUUUAACAGAAACUUUAACCAAGCAAAAGUUGGACCAGCGGUACUUCAUCAGAAAGUCCGCCGCAAAUGAUUAAGGUUAUUGUUAAACUAAUGUUGUUACUCAAAUAUUUAUCAUUAUGACAUAAUAGAGAGCUGAAGUCCCUUCUAGACUUUAUUUCAAAAAGGUUUAAUAGAAAAUAAAAAUUAACUAUGCACGCAAAGGAAAGAAAAAGGUUUAUUAUUAUUA